AUGUUUGGAAGCUCAUCUUCUGGUUUUGGUGGCUUUGGAAACAAUACCGCCAACCCAGCAAACUCUCCAUUUGGUGGAGGAGGUACUACUCAAGCUGGCGCUUCGCCAUUCGGUAGCAGCACUACUGGUGGUGGAGGUUUAUUUGGAAAUAACAACAAUACAACAACAGCACAACAACAACAGCAACAACAACAACAGCAGCAACCAUCUACAUUUGGAUCCGGCGGCGCAUUUGGUAGUAACACCGGAGGCAUUGGUGGUGUUGGUAGUAAUGGUGGACUCUUUGGCACACAAACAAACACUGCUUUAUCUCCUUUUGGCCAACAACAGCAACAACCACAGCAACUGACCCAGCCUUCCUCUGUGUUUGGAAAUGCCAAUUCGACAGCAGGCACAUCUGCAUUUGGCACAUCGUCUGGAGGUGGGCUUUUCGGAAGUAAACCCGCUACAUCAUCUACGUUUGGUGGUUUUGGCACAGGAAAUACAACUUCAUCGCCCUUUGGUGGAACAGCGACAACCGCAACAACCAAUGCAUUUGGAACCUCAGCAGCAAUUGAUCCAAACGUUAAUAAUGGAACAGCCGGUAGGGCUUUUACUCCAUUUACUGAAAAGGACUCAGCCAAUAUUAAUAACGUUUUUCAAAAUAUUUGCUGUAUGUCUGAAUAUAAAAACUUUUCGUUUGAAGAGUUGAGAUUGAAGGAUUAUGAGCAAGGGCGAAGGUUCGCCAACCAAGCUGGUGCUGGUGCUGGGACUGGUGCUGGGGUUGGAGGAGCUGGUGCUACUGGAACAGGUUUUGGUUUUGGAUCAUCUCAACAACCUUUGGGUGGUGGUCUCUUUGGGUCGCAGAACAACAAUACAUCGUCGCCAUUUGGUGGCAAUGCUAGUGGUUCUGCUUUUGGCUCAUCUUUUAACAAACCAACCGGUUCUCCAUUUGGUCUGAACGGUCAAUCUACAGGAGCAUUUGGUUCUGCUCAAAACCCAUCACCUUUUGGUGCAACAAACGCUACAGGUGGUGGUGCAUUUGGUAAUAGCGGAGGAGCAACAAAUGCAUUUGGUAGUGGAGGCGGUGCUUUUGGUGCUAAACCAGCAACCGGGUUUGGUGGACUUGGUUCUACAAACACUACUGGAAAUGCAUUUGGCUCCAACACUGGUGGUGGUGGUGCUUUUGGACAGGGAGGCACUGGGUUUGGUGGUAGCACCAAUUCGCCUUUUGGAGCAUCUAAUUCAAACACUGGUAAUGCGUUUGGUGCAAGUUCAAAUUCGCCAUUUGGACAAAACAACAACAGCAAUGCUCUAGGCGGGGGUGCAUUUGGUGCCACCAAUACAGGUUCUGUAUUUGGCGGCUCGAAUAACACAGGGUCUGGAAGUGGUGGUGGUGGUGGUGGAUUGUUUGGGCAAUCAAAUACAAAUGCUUUCGGAUCAGGCAGCGCUGGCGGUGGCGGUGGCGGUGGCGGUUUGUUUGGACAACUGAACAACAACAAUAGUAACAACGUUUUUGGAGCAAACAAGCCGGCAACCGGAUUUGGUUCUGGAACAUCCGGUGGUUUGUUUGGUCAACUGAACCAACUGCAGUCAAAUCAAGGUGGUGGCUUGUUUGGUCAAAACAAUAGCAAUCAACAGAGUGGCGGGGGUCUCUUUGGUUCUAAGCCUGCUGCUACUGGAACAACAUCAGCUUUUGGGCAAAACAAUACUGGUGGCUUGUUUGGCGGUGGUAAUCAACAAAAUAACACAUCUGGUGGUCUCUUUGGUUCAAAGCCAGCUGGAACAACUGGUGGUGGAUUAUUUGGAAACAAUACUCAACAGGGCACUUCUGGUGGACUAUUUGGACAGCAACAGCAGCAGCCACAAUCUAGUGGCGGAGGACUCUUUGGCUCAAAGCCAGCUGGAUCUACAGGUGGCGGACUUUUUGGCGGCCAACUGAACACAUUGGGUAGCUCGGGUGUAUUAUUUGGUGGAGGCAACCAAAACCAGCAACAGCAAAAUAGCAAUGCUUUUGGUAAUGGCUCUUCUGCAGGUGGGUUAUUUGGAUCUAAACCUGGCGUUGGUGGUGCAACUGGUGGUUUAUUUGGAAGCGGUGGCCAGCAACAAAGCACUGCAUCUGGUGCCACGGGCGGCGGAUUAUUCGGUGGUGGUAGUUCUUCUACUUCUGGUGGAUUAUUUGGUUCUAAGCCAGCACAAAACGGCAUUGGAACUGGCACUGGAACUGGUGGUUUAUUUGGUGGUGGAAAUAACACCAACAAUAACAAUAACAAUAAUAAUAAUAAUAGUAAUAAUAGUAAUACUGUCGGUGGUGGCUUUGGAAAUUUUGCAGGUGGUUUGUCUACCUCUGGCGGGUUUCUGCAACAACUGCAACCACAAUCAUCGCAACCGCUGUUCCUUCAACAAUCACAACAACAACAAACCCAACCGUUGGCAAAUAUCAAUACGCAGAAUCCGUAUGGAAACAAUCCUCUUUUCCAGUCGAUCACUGGCACUCUGCAAGAACAAGGUCAAGGUCAGCGACCGCAAGCAGUAAUUGUCAGUUCUUCAUUGUCUUCUUCAAAUCCGGCAAAAAAGACUGUUACUUUGGGGAGCGCGUCGCUGAGGAUUACUCCAUUAUUCAAAGUUAAUGUGUUGUCGGCAAAGAAACCCGAGGAGAAAGCGCAGGACCAACUAUUUAAAAAGAAAGUGGACAAUUUGUUUUCGCCCAUUACUGAUCUGGCUAUAAUCACCUCUGAUGUGUUUAAGCCUAACAUCAAUUUCAAGAAAUUGGUUAUAGAGAAGUCCAGUGGAGAAGAUGGAAAGAACGGACAGUUGUUGGUUAGUGGAACCAGUAGUCCCACCAAACAAGUGACUUUUGGUUUUGAAAGCAAAAAGAAGCCUGCUUCGUCAGAGACUUUAGAAAGCCAAACUAAAGGGGACUCGGGAGAUAAAGUAGGUUCUGGAGAGAGAGAAAAUGGUGAGGAAGUUUUCGAUGCAGAUGGGUACUGGAUGUCGCCUUCAUUGAAUGAGUUGAAGAAGAAAUCGCUUUUGGAGUUGAAAUCUGUGCACGAUUUCAAAAUCGGCAGAAAGAAUUAUGGUACAUUGAAAUUUAUUGAUCCCGUUGACUUGACUGCCAUGAUCAAUCUCGAGGAUAUACCAGGUAACUUGGUGACAUUUGAUACCAAGUCGUGCGUCGUAUACCCAGAUGAUGAUGUAAAGCCAAGACCAGGUGAAGGAUUAAACUUGCCAGCCGAAAUUACCCUUGAAGGUUGUUUUCCUCUCAAUAGUGUCGACAAGUUGCCGAUCUUGGACCCCAAGAGCGACGUUGUUAAACGCCAUAUUGAAAAUUUGAAAAAAUUACCGGAGAUGGAGUUUAUCUCGUAUGAUCCAGAGACUGGUGACUGGAAGUUUAGAGUGAAAGAGAUGUAA